AUGGCUUUACCUUGGGUAAAGAAGCUCGAAGAUUGCGCCGACUACUCUCAAGUAAUUGAGCCAUAUCUACCACAACUCUACGAUCUCCCUGGGAAGAUAAUCCAUGCCACGUCGAGUCACGGAUCCUUCGUCGAAUUAUAUAAAAAUACUAACCCGUUCAUAUCGGGGCUUGGUUUUUCUAUAUUCCUCGGUGCUGUCUUCUUAAUUGUAUCCGAAAUCAAUCGUAAUUACUCCCAGGUUGAUCGCAUGUGGAGUUUAUUGCCAACAAUAUACAAUGCACAUUUUGCUGUUUGGUCUCAUCUGAAUGACCUUCCAAGCCAAAGGCUUGACCUUGUGCUAUUAUGGAGUGCAACAUGGAGCGCUCGGUUGACGUACAAUUACUUCCGGAAAGGUGGUUAUAAUGUUGGUUCAGAGGACUAUAGAUGGGAAAUAAUUCGGAGCAAAGUACACCCGGCGUUAUUUUUCUUAUUAAAUAUCACUUUCAUCUCCUUCAUUCAAAGCAUAUUGCUCUUCUUACUAGCAGCGCCGACAUAUAUUAUCCUACUAUCGUCAAACUUUGAACGAGAGGUUACAGCGGCAGAUAUUGCUUUCACGGGAAUUCAGCUCGGACUCAUACUCUCCGAAUGGUUCAGCGACCAGCAACAAUGGGACUACCAGCUAGCCAAAAAGGAGUACCAACAAACGGCCAAGGUACCACGGGGCUACGGUUUUACCCAGGAGGACCUUGAUCGAGGUUUCAUCACUUCCGGGUUAUGGGCUUACUGCAGACAUCCUAACUUCGCAGCCGAGCAGACUAUCUGGUUCAUUUUAUACCAAUGGAGCUGUUACGCAAGCAAGACCCUCUACAGCUGGGCAAGUCUAGGCCCUUUGUUUCUAAUCAUGAUCUUUCAGGGAUCGACCUGGCUCACGGAACUGAUCAGCUCCGGAAAGUACGCUGAGUACAAAUUUUACCAACGACAAAUCGGGGCUCAUAUACCCAGCUUGACUCCGUAUAAAACUCCGACGCCGAAAGUUAUUCGGACAAGCGAGUUAGCAAAACGACUGGAGGCAAAGCAAAAAUAA